ACGGGCAGUAUGGCGGAGCGCAGCGCUGCGUGCGAGGCGGAGCGGCUGGAACAACAGCUACAGGGGCUGCUGGGCCGCUGCAGCGAGGGCACACUCCCAGCACACGAUGACACUUUCUGCCGGGACUUCUGCCAGUUGGUGGAGGAGCACGCCUCUCGUUGGCAGAUGCCGCUGCCCCAGCUCAGGAUCCUUGAGACGGCUCUGCACUAUUUUGCUCGAGCCUCGACCUUCUUUGCAUCCAACUGUGAUCAAGUGCAGCACGCAAUCAGUAGCCUGGCUUUGAGUCUUUUUGAGCUGCUGCUGUUCUUUGACCAGAAGGACUUCGAUCAGGAGCCACUGAAACAUUUCACUGCUACAUUCCAGGAAUGUCAUCUGGUCCUAUCGAAGUAUCAGAAUGUUCACAUGCUUCAGGUGGAGCGUUUGGUGCACGGCGGCGGGCCCUGGGCCAGCCCAACCUUACAGGCAGUCCUCAGCGAGUCCUGCUUACCUCACACUGAAGUGGAGGGAUACAUCAGCUCUGAGCUGCCGGUGUUCUUCGAGCUUCGGGUGCGCUAUCUUUUAUCCUGUGACCGUGCCAGAGAAGCCAUGGCCCUGGCUAAAUGUUGCACUCAGCACCCCACGACAGGACUGCACCUGUUCUUCCUCCAGGUCUACCUCACAUGGCUUCACAAAACGUCACAGUUUGACCACCUACGUAAAGAGGUGGCUGACAUUAAUGGUAAAGAUGCCGUACAAAUCAUCUGUAGCUUGGAGUGUGAAGAGAAGGAUGACUUGUUAUUAGCCCUCAGCACAGCCUUCCUAUCUCAGCAGCUCCGCAGGGGAGAUAUGUACCAUUUGUGCGAUCUUGUCUCUGUGUGGGCCAAUCUCCAUCAUCGGCUGAAUACAUCCAAGCAGGCUCUAUUAAAGGAGUGUCAGCAGCUGAUGUCGUCCGCCACAAAUAUCAAAUCAAUCUUCCCGUUUAUAAGAGCCAUACUACAAGAAGCGGGUGAAGAAGGAAUCCAGUUCUGUAUUGAGGUCUGUGCUGAUGCUCUGCAGUCUCGUCUUCCCUGUGAUGUCAUGACAAAGACCUUCAUCUAUAAAACUAUCGCGGGCCUGCUGCCCGGGGAUCUGGAGGUCUGCCGCGCGUGCGCACUUCUCAUCUUCUUCCUGGAGCGGACUGUUGAAUCCUACAAGAUGGUGUACCUUCUUUACGUGCACCCUGAUCAGGACUACCAUGUGGACGACAGCCCCCUCCCAAAUCACGUUCGCUUUGAAACCCUGCAGAUAUUAAAGAAGGAUCUACAUUUUGAUCCCGAGUUUUGGAACCUCAUCGCUCUGCGGACCAACUGUCUGAGUCUGAUGAGUGGGAAGGUGGUUAGCGCGGCUCUUUUAGAAAUCAUGGAGGACAAAUGGCUCUCCAAGUACUGUGCAAAAGACCCCGCUCUCCGAUCAAGUGCAUCAGCGUGUCACGGAGGAGAACUCACUCAAGCAAAGAAGCGUCAUCAUAAAGAAGACAAACAUUUUAUAGAAGUUACUGACGAUACGUCCAAAAGACUGAAGUUAGGCGCAGGGAAAACGCGCUUAAACGACCACACUGUGAGAAGGAAAGGCAACCAAAGGUCACAGCCUUUGAAAGAAUCUUCCUCUGGACCUUUGAGACGCUCAUUUUGGCAGCUAGACAGAAUACACGGCAAUGUAUCCUUAAGGUAUGAAGAACAUAAGCGCACGACAAGGCAUUCGGAGAAGAACCCACCAAAACGAAAGAUCAGACAACCCAAGUGGCUUCUGGAAGACUCAGGAACUCUUGAAGAAAACGUUCCCAUGAGAAUCAAAAAGAACUCGUUCAAAAAGCGAAAGCGCCUUAAAUCGUGCGUCAUGAAGAGAUCUGAAAGGGGUCAGAUGAAGAACAAUGCCAAACUCAAACCUCUAGUGAGCUGUCACCUGAAGGCCCGAGAGAACAAGUACCAGAAUGGGUUUUCAUUGGACAUCACCAAACCAGCCAGCCCUCCACAAGUGAUCCUGGAGCUUUCUCUACCAGACAAUGAACUUAUCGCUUCGUUUAGCGACGAUUCUUGCACCAGACCCAAAGGGUUGCCUCAAGUUCUUCUGUACAAGCCCACUGUGAAACCUCCUGCCUCGCCACAGCCGGCCAAGACUGUCCAUCGCAAAGAGGUGGUUCUCCGAGCGCGCGAUCUAACCAUGUUCAUACAGCAGCUGCACUGUUACGUUCGGCGACAAAAAGGCAAAGGCACCAGGACAAAUGUUCACGGCUCCGUCUCAACAAUCACACGCUCCUCGGUGCAGGGGAGCCCUCCUAAAGAUUCACCGAAAGGCCUCUGUGGAAAGACCUCCGCUCAUAUGAAACGAUGGAAUGCCUCUCAGACAGCAAAGGAUGUGGGAUCUCAAGUUUCUGAAAAAGUCCUUCAAGCUCAAAAUACAAAAGUGCUCCCAAGAAAAACAUCGACUGCAGAGCUCACUGAAAAGUCUGCCGUUGAGACGGGAGCGGAACACGUGACGGAGUCCCCCCAUUCAGACUGGCUCUCCAAAAAGAUCUCACAAAGCAUUACUUGUUUAAGAGAUCUGCCUGAAAGCUCCGCUGAGGUGGAAGUUGUUACAACUCCGCCGACUUCAGAAGCUGCUGAAGGGACCAAAGUCUCAGAUUUACGUGACGUCCCCGAAGCUCACAGGGCCGCGGCAGCAGAGCCCAGAGAGGAGCCGGCUGUUGAGAUGAAGGUCACCAUCGCCUCACAGUCCUCCGUGUUGGACAAAGUGUCCAAGCCUCCGAGUGGAGAAGAUGUUUCACAAACCUCAGCAACAGCAGUCAAAACCAAGAUGGAACCUUUUAAUGAAAACCAUUCACACUCGGUUAACGCCAACGUUUCAAACUGUGGAGCUGCAGAUCACAUUUCUUCACACGGUCAAGAUUUUGACGUGAGCGGCGGGGAACAACACACACGGUCAUCUCAAGGCGAAAGUGGCAAAGAUUUCUCAACGCACACCACAGAGAUUUCACAUGUGCAGAGAAAGAGCAACCUUGAAAGAAACCCCACUUUACAGGAGCAGUUUGAACCAGAGGCUUACGAGAACCCUACUGCUUUGACCUUGGUAACGGAGAUGGUCACUGAAAUCUCACCCAAACAGCUUGCUCAAGAUCAGGAGACGGACAAAUGGCCAACUCCGGACAUUAAAGACUCCACAGAGUCAAGAGGAGGAAGUUUAUCUCAAAGUCCUAGCAAAGGUCCUACCGACGCAAGCGCUGUACCAGAACAGGAGCCCUCUCUAGCGCAUAAAAUAAAAGAGGAAGACCUCAGCCAGGAUACUUAUUCAGACACAUCUGAAAAUGGUGAGCCCACAGGACCAGAAACGGAGGAGUCCCGGUUGGAGUAUUAUUGUACCUUCUGCACCAAGGACUUCAAGGGGAGUCGCGUUGUAUCACAUGCCAUGUUUCAUUACCGCAAGGAUGAGUGCAUGUUCUGUCGAGUGAUGUUCAAAGAUGAUCUGUUGGCCAUGAUUCACCUGUCUGAUCACAUAGAGAAGCUAAAGAGGAGCAAAGAGGAUCCAGCUGGCAGAACCCCCCAAGAAAACGGGGGUUUGGACACCAAAGAUACUCCUGCCAAAGCAAACACCAUGUCUUCUCCUUGCCGCAAACGGGGGAGGCGGAGGAAGUCUGCAGUCUGCCCUAAAACUGAAAGCUCACACGGUUUGGCGUCACCUGAAUCCAGGACAGAUCUAAGAUCUAAUGACAAACAAAAGAGUGGGACAUCUUCACAUAAAAAUCAGAAUGCAUCAAAGCACCUUAAUGCUAAAGCUGCCGUUCACAGGGUAAAUGGACAUUUUGGGAAAAAGGAAUUCACCAGGUUAAAGAAGGAUGUGGAUGUAAAGCAGGAACAUGUGCAACAAAAGAUCCACCUAGGAGGAAGCGAUGCAGCUGGGAGGUUGAGUUUGCAGGAAAACCAAGAUGUUGACGUGGAUUCUUCUGCAUCAUCACAUCAGGCAGAGAAAGAAGUAACUUAUUCUGUAGAAAAGAAAAAUACAGAAUCUCACCAGGUCCCUAAUAAGGCAUCAAAACAAAUUGGAAGAGUAGUUGAGGAGAAAAAUGUCCCUCAAAAGAAAAUUUCCUGUCCUGUGGAUGGAUGUUCUUGGUUGUCAAAGAACCAAGUUGCUGUCCUGUGCCACGCACUCGAAAGUCACGGUGGGGAGAUCAAACCUUUAGAGCUGGCCUUCCGGGUUGGAAAUGGCCAAUGCAGUAUCUGCAAGCGGGUUUUACGGAGCUUCGAACACUUCCAGCACCACGUUGAAAGACACAGAGACGCCCCCCGGCAUCCCUGUCUUCAUCAGGGCUGCACAGCCAGGUUCAAAUCAGGGAUGGAGAUGAGCCGGCACGCCAGGAAACACAGUCCGCUCCAGGCCAUGUGCUGCCUACCGGGUUGCUCCCAGCUGUUUAUUUGUCUUUGGGCGCUGAACCUUCAUGAAAGAGAACAUUAUGCUUCCAAGUCUCAUAAAAAUGAGAAGAACACAAGUGACAAAGUUGGUAAAACAACAGUCCAGAAGAAAUGUCCAAAUUCAGAAGAUACUACUGCCUCCACUUCUGGAAAUAGGACUGAGGGUGUGAAGGCUGCUCACAAGUUAAAAGAUCUGGCAUCACACGACUCGCCGUCGAGGAAAAAAGGUAACAGUCAUCCUUUUUCUGGGAGCAAAGCAUCAGAGAUGAAGGAGCCAAAAGAGAGAGACGAGCACAACGAUUCAGAUGCGUUGAAGAGUCUGUCCACGUCGUCUGCACAGCCUACGGUUCCCGGUCUUUGGUUAAGGCAAACAUUAAGGAAAGCCACAAUUGCAAAUCUGACGGCUAAAACUCAGCAAAGCACCUCAUCGUUGUCGUUAAAACAGAGAAAGAAAGUGGGGUGCAUGUUGAAGAAAAACCACGUAAAAGGGAGCGUGCAAGGUUUUAAAAGAAGAGGCCGGCCCCCAAAGUUGAACAAAGUGGUCCACGAUGAAAACACUUCUGCUGGUCCGAAGCGUUUCCCUGCAGAAACGCAGACGAUUUCAACCGUGAGCACCAAGUCGAAAGUAGAAAAAGAAAAGUGCACGAAGGUCGUCAAAGGGAGCGUGCAAGGUUUUAAAAGAAGAGGCCGGCCCCCGAAGUUGAACAAAGCGGUCCACGAUGAAAACAAUUCUGCUGGUCCGAAGCGUUUCCCUGCAGAAACGCCGAGGAUUUCAACCGUGAGCGCCACCAAGUCGAAAGUAGAAAAAGAAAAGAGCACAAAGGUCGCCAAAGGGAGCGUGCAAGGUUUUAAAAGAAAAGGCCGGCCCCCGAAGUUGAACAAAGCGGUCCACGAUGAAAACACUUCUGCUGGUCCGAAGCGUUUCCCUGCAGAAACGCAGAGGAUUUCAACCGUGAGCGCCAAGUUGAAAGUAGAAAAAGAAAAGAGCACGAAGGUCCAGAACGAAGCUAAAACAGAGAAGGCAACUGACAAUUCAGACUCCAAGCUGGCAGAGGAGAGGCAGGGGGCACGGGGUCGUGCUCAUAAUAAAUCUCCAUCUAACAGUUUAAAUCAGACCAUCUCCGCAGAAUCCAAAACACAAAAGUCAUCUGCUGUGAAAAUAAAGAAACUGCCCAAGAUUAAAAGUCAUCACACGCCUUCAAAUGCCAGCAAGUUAAAGAAACUUAAGAGUGCAACAAGGCAUGUAAACAAAAGUUUUAAAAAGAAAGAAGUCCCGACAGCUUCAAAAAAGGUUGAAAAGUCCAAAUCUGCUGUCCCACAAGUUAAAGCUAAAGCGGGUCCAGGAAAAAGUUCUGCUGACGCCGAGGGAAACGCAAAGGUGGAAAAUUCAACACAAAUUGACUCCAGUAGUUCCGUGCCCUCGAUCCCAGCUGAAGGCUCAAACGUACCGCGAACCGCCGAGGACGUGCAGAAGGGGAAACGAGGGCGAAAGCCGACGAAAUCGCUGCACGCAAAAGAUGGAAAUAAAAAAGCUUCAUCUUCAGGCCCGAGCAAGACAAAGAAGAUCAGGCUGAUGACGGAGGCGGACAAGAAGUCUGUGAAGGAGAAAUGUCUGUCCAAAAAACAGAGCAAGGCCUCUGCCUUGAAAAAAGAUGCAAAGUCAAAGAGGGAGGUCCAACAACAGGGUACCAGCAAACUAGAGCUGGUGUUACCAAAAAGCACUCCUGAUGAGGAGAAGAAGGAAAAAGAGCCUUCAGACGCAGUACUUGACAGCUCUUGUCCAUCCAGGCCCGCGGAAAUCUUGAGUGAGACUGGUUUGUCCAACAAAGACGACCAGCAGAAAGUGAUCAAAAAGGAAAAAUCGAAGAAAUCAGAUGGUACAAAAAAGUCUGAGGUCAGCAAAGCAAGUGCAAAGCGGAAGAACAUUAAUAAAGACGACACCAAUAAGAGUGUCAAGAAAAAAUCCAAAGAUCACGGGCAUCACUCGUCUCUUAACGCAGGAACAACUCUAGCAGGAACAACUCUAGCAGGAACAACUCUAGCAGGAACGUCACUGUGUGGCUCUUUGGAAAACGUGAACGGACAAGUGUCAACGGAAGACGUGAAGUUUACGUUGUGCAAGGAGACUCUUGCCGAGUACGGCAAGAAGCCAUACAUGCGCCUGCCGCCGACGGCGUACCUGGAUGAGAAGUACAUCACCAUGCCAAAGCGGAGGAAGGAGAUGUCGUUCUUCCAGCUGCCUCCGGAGGGCGCUCCCCUGGAGCAGGCCAGCGUGGCUGCAGCCCUGCAGCGGCAGCGAUGCGGCAACUGUUUCGCUACUUUCAGCAACACCGAGGAGCUGCAGGGUCACCAGCAGCGGCAGAGCUGCUCCAAACUGUUUGGAUUUGACUCCGAUGAUGAGGGUAACAGUUGAACAUAUCUGAUAAAGGGAAAGGAGAUUUUUGGAUACUUGACAGACCCGUGGACCCGCAUGGAGCCCGAGGACGGGCCGUCCUUCACCAGAUCCGUCGUCUCCAGAUUACUUGUCCAUCGCUGGAGACGGAGACUUGUGCAUCCACAAAUGCAUAACCAGAACUGUGAGGGUUUCUGGAUUUUUGUUGCAGCACACGUUCGUCAUGCAAGAGGAGUUCUGGGAGCACACGGGACAUGCGUGACCUAAUAGGAAAUUCUGAGAAAAAGAAAACUACUGAACUGAUCCCCAGUCAGACUGUUGGAGGGACAGCAAGUAUCGAAGUGCCUGCAUCGGAACCGCCGAGCUGCUUCACCUGAUAUGGCUGUUGGACAUUGUGGCUUCCAGGCUGGCCCGCUGACCACCGAAAAAACAAACUGACAAGACCACAAGGAUGCAUAUUUUCACGCCAGUAAGCCAUACAGAGACAUUUUGCUUUUUGCACUAUUCCCAUAAGAUUUUGAGAUAAUUUGUACUCAAGUUGUGGGGAUGUGGAAUAAAUGGAAGCAUCGAAAAGUUCAUACGGUUUUACCAUCCAGAGGCUACAAACAUAAUUUAGACUGAGUCUAAAACCUAAAGUUGUAAGAUUCUUGUAUUAAAGUCUUCUUUAAGAAGUUUUUAUAUGUACAAUUCUUGUUAAAAUACUAAUUGUAUUUCUUAUUAAAACAAAAGUCCCCCGCGGGUCUUGUUAGCUCUGCGCUGCUUGUCCUCACAGUGAGUCACCAGUAGGGGGCGGUGUGCACCCAUACUUCCAUUACAGCAAUUUUGUUGACAUGAUGAUUGCAAUCAUUCGAAUAUAGUUUGCUUUUUUUGUGCAUCGCGUGUUUUUCAACAUGCAACGCUGCUUCGCUUUACUUUUAACAUUUUUGGGAUUCAAAUGCUAUAAUUUUCAGUUGCAUCCAGCAGACUGCAGUUUAUUUAGCUACUCCCAACCACAAAAUGUGCCAGUGUCCCACUGAUUUGUCACUGUAUUCUGUUUUGUAAUGUUCUAACAUUCUGAACUAAGUUGUUUUAUCACAUGUAAUUAUUAUAUUUGCCAUAGAAGCAGGUUGAUUUCUUUAACGGGGUGAAUGUUCUCUUUCAAGCAGAAAUGGAUGUGGCAGACCUGAGCUACCAGAGUUAUAAGUGUUACCAGGAGGCUGCGCAUGACUUUCAUGCGCAGCAGCAGGUUCUAUUUAUUUUUUAUUUUCUAUCUUUUGUAAAUAUUUUAAGAGUUUCAAUGACUUAUUAUAUAAGGGGGAUGCUGGAGCUGGGUUUAUAUUUUGUUUCAUUGAAAAUUAAAUUCAAGACUUCAA